UCGUAGUUUUCAAGUUGGAAUAUCGUGAACGUCGGAUGGACUGCAUUAUCGAUUUUGUUCCAUAACCGUGGUUACUGGAGGUUUUUGGAAGAAUUUGUCUGGUUUUCCUUCCGUUUGUCAACACGGAUCAGCAAAGGAACGAUGAGCGACGGUGGAGGUCAGGUUAGGCAGCGCAAGAAAAGUGCCAGUGAUGGCGGAGGCAAUCGGCCACGUAAAUCGAAGUUCACUUCUUCAACUGGAUCGAGCACCGGUUCAUCGCCAAGCGUCGCCCAACAGCAUCAGAUGUGGGCCCGGCUAGUGCUUAUGGUUGGCAUUGCGGCCAUCGUGUACUUCACGACGUUCCGUACCCGGGAAAAGAAGUUUGCCACCCAACGGGAGGUGCUCGAUCUACGCACCCAACCAUUGGACUGCUCGCGACCCUACCUCGAGGAGAUAUCGAAGUUUGCCGGCUGCAUUCCGGCCAACUGUGGGCGGUUUGUAAGCGACAAGAUAGUCUCCCCGGCCGAGGCAGGCAUUCUGCUCGAUCUCGCCCGGGCUGGCUUCGAGCUGGGUCAGUCGGCCGGUGGGGCGUCCAUACUGGACCUCCACUCCGGUGCCCUCUCGAAGGGCACGCAGUUUAUCAACGUAUAUCGGUUGCCUGAGGCGAAGAAGCUCUUCACCAGCCAACACAUCAACGUGUACCGGCACGUAAAGGACAAGGUGCAGAAGGCGGUCGCCGACAACUUCCGGCUAAACGUGGACUCCCUGCAUCUCACCCACCCAACGUUCUUCUCGCGGCUCACGAACGGCACGGCCAAGACGAUCCACGACGAGUACUGGCACGCGCACGUGGACAAGGAAACGUACAACUCGUUCCACUACACCACGCUGCUGUAUCUGACCGACUACGGGAAAGACUUUGCGGGCGGACGCUUCGUGUUCAUCGACAACGAGGGCAAGCAUAACCGCACGAACGUGUACAUCGAGCCGAAGAGGGCCCGUGUCAGUGGGUUCACUUCCGGCGGGGAAAACAUGCACCACGUGGAGCAGGUCACGAGUGGCGUCCGGUACGCGAUAACCAUUUCGUUCACCUGCGAUCGCGAGUACGCGAUGGCCGAUCCCAAGUUUGCGCUCGAAGAAGCCGGCGAGGAGGACGAGACGAGCGAAACGAAUGCGACCUCGGCCUGAGACAAACCACCGGACACCGUACUGACCAUUCGCACGCUGGAAGAAUUCAGUGCAUAAAUGGUACAGGAGAGCAAGUCUUUCCCGGGAAUGGGUUUCGGGUGGCACUAACACGUUUUAAUGCCAUAUGUUAAAAGAACCGGUUUUGUUUCCUCUUCGGUUGAUCAUUCCAUCGGACUAAUCAAGGACAAAUGUUGAAACAACAAAAAAUCAGUAGAAAAAAAGCAGUAUUCUAUGCAUUGCAUUUCGACGGCCAUCAUUAGCGCAAGGAAAAAGAAACAAACAAAUAGCAGUGUGGUAACAUCUAAGUCAACGCUCUAUACCAUGCAGCAUUUAUCAAAGAAGCAAUACGAACAAAUGUAAUUUUAACCUUCACAAUAGCACGAGUUAUAAAAGAAAGAAAAUAGACCUAAAACACACACAAGUUAAUAAAAAUUCUAAACCAGAAGUAUGUUGUCAGUUGUUCGCCUGCCAGGAUGUAUUCCAGAACCUUG